AUGGAGAACUUGCUUUAUGCUACAGGGCAAGCGUAUUCUGUUUCGAAAGUUUCCUCUCCGCUUUUUACUCGUUUCAUUCAUUUCAAUACAUGAGCGGGUUGACCACUGGCAGCGCGUGUCCGAGACAAGCAGAGAGCAAGAACCAAAUUGUUGCCGCCACGCAUUUUGUGACUGUGUAACAGCAUUGUUUGAGUUAUUAUUAAGUUCUAGAAUUAAGCCAAUGGGCUUACAGCUUGAUAGACUUUUUUGGUGAAUGUUCUUGGGCCACAGCACGUUAUUAUUAAUCAGUCAUGGCUCAUAAGACACUACAUUAGGUAGCUGGUAUGUGAUUUGAUCAUCUUAUACUAAGUAACCAGUGGAGAUACCUGUGUAGAGAAUGGCACCUCUCACUUUCCCUCACAAUCUUACUACAGCCAAGGAGGCCCUGAAGAAAUUUUCCAGUAUGGCCUACUCUGUAGAACAUUUAGAAAAGUUCCAGAGUGCUGUCAGUAUUGUCUACGGGGCAGAGUAUGCUAUCGCGACAGAUUUUGUUGGUCGAAUGAUAUUUUGUUGCCAAAUAUGUCAUAAACCAAUGAACAAUGAAGAUGCUUUGGCUGAACACAAUCGGUCAGAUUUUCAUCACAAAAAUCUUGAUAAGAAAAUGCGAGAUGAGGGAUUCAGAAUCAAAGAAUACUUUAAUUUUCCUUCAACCUCUCUGCAGUUCAAACUUGCUAAUAGUGUACUGAAACCCUUGGGGCUGCAGAUGAUAGAAGAGUACACCAAGGGAUGUGGCCCUUCCUAUUACAAAUGCCUUUUGUGUGGUGCACAUGGGAAAAUUGAUCCAAUGUACCAUCAUGUAAUAGGGAAAAAGCAUACAGAGAAAUAUAUUCGUUGGAGAUGUUUCCUAAGGGAUUCCAUUCUGACCUCUAGAGAAAGGGAGAAGAUCCGACAAAGAUUGAUUUUGGAAGAGGGAGUAGACUGCACACAGAUCAGAGUUAUCAAAGGUGCGUUGCUCUUGGUAACCCAUUGGAUCCAGGUGCCUUGCUGACCACGCUUGCCGAAAAUUUGGGCAAUAGGCAUACUUGAGUGCUAACUCUCCCUCGUCUGUGACUUGUAGGCCUGGCUCACAUAAACACUCAUGUGCAGUGUCAAGAUUCCUUAUCUCUCCUUUGUAAUAUUAUUAUCUCCUUUUUUUCCUAAAAAUGCUUUUUUUUUGCCCUUUUCUAUGGUCAAUUUUUGGUAUUUGAUAUGCUGUAUCAAGAUGGCAAUAUACUCUUUUUCUUGCACAGACUUUUUAUUAUAACUGUCCAAUCUACAACUCUGUACAAUGAUAAUAACAAUAACAUAUAUAUUAUUUGUGUGAUUUUUUUAUGUUUUUUAUUCAAUUUUAUGCAGUACACUAUUUCACUGGUCAUGGCUGGCAGGAGUAGGAUCUUGAAAUUGAAAAUAUUGUCCUCUUUGGAGCUGGCGUUCUUCCAGUCAAGGCUCAUGGAUGAUACAUUCCACACUUGUUUACUUAUGGAAAAAAUGCAAGAGCUCCUUUCUAAAUGACCACUGAGUCUAACUUUCCUCUAAGAGCUUUAUGCAGUGGCAAAUCACUCCUGUCACCCAUGCUACCCAAUACUCCUGUCACUUCUGUUACCCAAUAUUUUUAAGACGAGAUGAUUACGUCAGCCUGAUUCCAAGUAUAGAAACAGCCACACAAUAUUCCUAAAUGUUCCUGUAUCCUUCCCAUAUUGUUAAAUUGCAAAGAUAAUUACCAAGACUUCAACAAAAUAAUGAAUUGGUUUAUGAAUGACUAUUUGAAUUUCAUAUAUGUAAUUUGCAAACCAUCAUCCCAAAGAAAUAGUGGAAGUCAUAUUGUAUAGCAAAUAUUAGUGUAAUAUAUUUAAGAUAAAGAAAUUAAAGGGAAAUAAAUAUUUUACUGAAGGAUUUAAGAAAUUUAUAGUCAGUCAAAACUGCUGGAAGCAUUUUGUAUUUCAUUGAACAUAUGAGAACUUACCCUAAACUUUAGAGUGCU